AUUAACCCGAGUUUUACCGAAUUGUCCAUCUUUUUCCAACUGCACGUCUGGUCGGCUUCGGUUUGGAGAUCUAGGCAUGCGACUGUGAUACCCACGAUAAUCCGUCACCAUGGUGUUCCUCGCAGGAGUCAGCUUCGGCGACCAGAAGCUCGUCAAGAAAGCCCUCGAGUCCUUCUACGCUCUUGGGCCCACAGUAUCUGCCCGAAUUAUGGCAAAAUACUCGAUUCACAAGCUCGCCAAGGUCGGAUCCCUCGCUCCCAGAACCGUCACUCACAUUACGGCCGAAUUAUCACAAAUGACCAUCGAAACGGACGCCCGCCGCUUGUUACAAGAGAAUAUUCGACGACUAAAGGAUAUGGGAUCAUACCGGGGUAGACGUCACGCAAUGGGUCUGCCAGUCCGUGGUCAACGAACAAGGACACAGACGGCGACGGCCAACAGACUCAACAGGGUGGAACGACGAGGUUAAGCGCAUCAUUGGAAGAGUGGGUUACCUGGGUUUGGGUAUGAAUAUCGGCAAAUAUCCCCAGAGAGGAUGUUAUGGCAUGUCUAAAUGCUAGAGAGAUUACACCGAGGAGAAACGACAAGCCAGGCUAUCUCCUUGUUAUGCAAGACUUGUAUAUAUAAUGUACGAUCAAAUGGAAAUGAAUUCUAUGUG